AUGCAUGUCAUAGCACAUUUUUUGCGUCAUGAAAAGGGUGCACACACAGCUGAAGGAUUUUGUACAGAUCAGCCCAGUCUCAUUCGCGAUCCUGAUCUAACUGCAGAGGGCCGAUCAAAUUGCCAGAUAUUCUCGAACAAUUUCUCGGAUAGCAGGCAUGUCACACACAUCUGGUGUUCGCCCAUGACCAGAAAGGUCCGUAUAGCACUCUUAUCCUUCGAAAGUGCCAUUGCUAGUAUCGUAAAAGUUCAAGCGUUGGAUAUACUUCAAAAUUGGGAUUUUUCACCAAACGGUAUAAGAAUGAACAAAGAGUAUCUACAAAGACAUUUUGACUUCGAUAAAGUUGAAGAGGCAUGGAAUAAUAAAGUUUCUGGAGGCUGGCGAUCUGGCGAAGUCCGCAGCUAUUUAAUUGAUGAUAAAGGGGAACCUUUUCACUAUCUGGAAGCGAGUGGCCUCGAAAUCUACAGAUCACAUUUCCCGAAUCAACAUAUGAUACCAACACCAGAACGGGUCCACUCCGAGUCGCUGGACCCUCCAAUGCUCGCGGAGAGCUCGAUAGACAAGCCUUCUGAAUCGUCUGAGAAAGCACCUGCACUAGAAGUAAAGGUGGUUAUUAAAACCAUUGCAAAGGAUACCUCGACAAUUGCAAAAGAGGGGAUACUGAAAGCUUCGAAAAGGUGUGAGAUCCACGUGAAUGUAUUAUUCAAGCUUUUUCAGGAAGAACCUCCGCCAACCAAAGUCGAGGGGGUUGACAUCAAGGGCGUGGAAGCACGUCCAAUACCUGUAAGAAGCAACGACCGGUACGACGCAGGCGAAUAG